CUACACAGUUCCAUCUGUCGCAGUAAGCAGUGAUUAUAAAAGAAGCAAACAAAUAUUGAAUUAUUUCAAUCCGUGUAUACGAAAAAUUAUGGAAGAAAGAAAGAAGAAGGAUCGUGAUAAAGUCGAGAAUAUGGCACCUACAAAGCAGACUGUGCACAAGAAGACGAUAGAAAGAAUCGGAUCAAGAAGACAAAAAUUCAAGAUAGAGUAUGAUACAGUGGAAAACGUAGACAGGACAGGAAAUGAAUUGCUUGCCAAUUGGAAGUGCUUAGUUCAAGAAAAAGAGAAAGAAAUCCACACAACCUCCAAGAAACUACAAAACAAGCAACCAAGCAAACUUUCCGAGAAUAGGCUCAGAGAAGUCAAAGAGGCAUAUAUGCACAAUCUACAAAUUUCCAUAAAAGAUAGGCUUUAUUACUUAAGGAAACAAAAACAGUUUCUUCUUGAUAAACAGAAAACCUUGAACAAUGUUUACAAAACAAUUGAAAAGAGCAACCGCUCAAGAAUUCCAAAUCCUUUCCCACAACUCAUUCUUGACGUUAAACGCGAUCAUUACAAACUGUUCAAGGAGGAACUUCUGAUUUCAUCAAAUGGUAGCAUAAACAAGUAUAAAAGACAAAUAUACGCGAAAGAACCCUCUGAAACUAUUCUUAAACUACCACAAUUGGUACCUGACAAAGAGCAAACAUGCAUACAAGAACACACCUCAACUAAUCGCCCUGGUACUUCAAAACUGCUUCCACCAUUACAGAUCUUACCACGAAACAUAAAAAAGACAUUAGUCGUAAACAAAAUAAGGGAUGAAAAGAAAGAUAAAAGUAAAGUUAGGUCAACAGAAUCAAUGUCUAAACCAGCACCAAAGCAACCAGCACCACAGCAACCAGCUGAGACAACAGCUUCCAAUGAAGUUGUAGAUAUGAACGCAGAAUUAGGUUCUAAAAGGGUAAGAUGGAAGAAUAAAAACCAAACUGUAAGGCUGCAAAAGGCAUCUCGUAAAAAUAACUAUGCCAGUGAUAGAACUUACCGAUUUUCCAGGCUUCAUCUUUCAUCUGGUAAAAAAUGCUUCAUCCCUAAAAGCAAAAUGGUUAAUGAAAGAUACUGCACCACAAGAAAACAAAACAGAAAUGUAGGAAAGCAAACAGACAUAGAAAAAAUAGACCGAUACCCAGAACCAGAUCGAAUUCAUACAUUGCCACGAAAUAUGAAAGAGACAUAUAUUGGUAAUAAGAUCAGGAAGGAAAGGAAAGAGAAAAGUAAAUUUAUUCCAAAGCAAUCAAUGUCUAUAUCAGCUCCACAGAAGACAACAGCAAACGGUGGAACUUUAGAUAUGAACUCAGAAUUAGCAUUGAAAAGGACAAAAUGGGAAAAUAAACUUCCAAAUUUUAGACUGCAGAAUGCAUCUGGUAAAGAUCGCUACAUCUCUGAUAGAAAUUACCGAUUUUCCAGACUGCAUAAGUCAUCUGUUAAAAAUUGUUAUAUACCUAAAACCGAAAGUAUCAAAGUAAGCAAAAUCGUUACUGAGAAAUAUAGUACAACAAGAACACAAAAAAGGACUGUCAAAAAGCAAACAGAAGUAGAAAAACCGGACAGCUACCCAGCACAGGAUCAAAUUCAUACUUGGUCACAAAAUUUAAAAAAUAUCAUGAAUGAAAAGAAAGAUAAAAGUGAAGUUCUGAAAUCAAUGCCUUUAUCAGCUCCACAGCUGACUGAUGAGACAACACAUUUCAAUAAAUUGUCAACAGAACAGCAGGUCAAUGAGACAACAGCAUUCAAUAAAAUGUCUUCAUCAACAGAACAGCAGGCUGAUGCGACAACAUCAUUCAAUAAAAUGUCUUCAUCAACAGAACAGCAGGUCGAUGAGACAACAGCAUUCAAUAAAAUGUCUUCAUCAACAGAACAGCAGGUCGAUGAGACAACAGCAUUCAAUAAAAUGUCUUCAUCAACAGAACAGCAGGCCGAUGAGACAACAGCAUUCAAUAAAAUGUCUUCAUCAACAGAACAGCAGGCCGAUGAGACAACAACAUUCAAUAAAAUGUCUUCAUCAACAGAACAGCAGGCCGAUGCGACAACAGCAUUCAAUAAAAUGUCUUCAUUAACAGAACAGCAGGCUGAUGAGACAGCAGCAUUCAAUAAAAUGUCUUCAUCAACAGAACAGCAGGCCGAUGAGACAACAGCAUUCAAUAAAUUGUCUUCAUCAACAGAACAGCAGGCUGAUGAGACAGCAGCAUUCAAUAAAAUGUCUUCAUUAACAGAACAGCAGGCUGAUGAGACAGCAGCAUUCAAUAAAAUGUCUUCAUCAACAGAACAGCAGGCUGAUGAGACAGCAGCAUUCAAUAAAAUGUCUUCAUCAACAGAACAGCAGCUCGAUGAGACAGCAGCAUUCAAUAAAAUGUCUUCAUCAACAGAACAGCAGGCUGAUGAGACAACAGCAUUCAAUAAAAUGUCUUCAUCAACAGAACAGCAGGCCGAUGAGACAGCAGCAUUCAAUAAAAUAUCUUCAUCAACAGAACAGCAGGCCGGUGAGACAACAGAAUUCAAUAAAAUGUCUUCAUCAACACAUCAGCAGACUAAUGAGACAACAGCAUUCAAUAAAAUGUCUUCAUCAACACAUCAGCAGACUAAUGAGACAACAGCAUUCAAUGAAAUGUCUACAUCAUCACAACACCUGAUAGAUGAUACAACAGAGUUCAAUAAGAUAUUUACAUCAACACAACAGCAGGCCGAUGAGACCACUGCUUCAAAUACAAUGUCAAAAUCAACACAACAGCAGGCCGAUGACACAACAGCUUCCACUAAAAUGUCAAAAUCAGCACCAGAUCAGACUGGCGAGACAAAAGUUUCCAGUACGAUUUUAAAUUCCACAAGAAAACAAAAAAGAAAUGUAAGCAAGCAAACAGUAAGAGAAAAAUCGAACAUCAACUUAGAACCAUACCAAAGUCAUUCUAUGCUGGGUAUUGCCGUGGACGAUAGAUAUCCCACUGAAGACACCUUUCAUCAGCUAGAUGAUAACGAACUGAUAGGUUUUUAUCAGGUGCAAGAAAAAGAUUUGUUUCCUGUCAUCGAAAAUAUGAGUGACAUCAAAGUGAUAAAACUGUUCAAGAAACUGCACGACCACCAUAUUGCAGUCAUUCAAAGUAAUACCGUAGAUGACAUUCAGAGCUCGAGCUCUGGUAGUACAAUAGAUGAUAUCCAAGAUGCAAGAGAAAAUGAUGGUACAUUGCAAACAACAAUGAAAACAUUUGUUAAAAAAAUUAUUCCAGAUUGCAUAACGAACGGUAACCAAUGUCAACCAACAGAAACUCUUUCUUCAAAUUGGCAAAUUAUAAAAAUCCGCUCUGGAACUAAUAUUAAAACACGAUAUAUUCCUAUGCCACCCAAUACACUAAAACCAAAAACAUCAAACGCCAGACUUAAACGAUAUCGUAGAAAAAUGGAUGAAAAUAACAAUCCACCAGAACCUAAAGAGAAAUAAGAUUCUGAAUGUUUAACGCUUCAUACUUUCAUCAGAAGAUCUUUAGUGAAUACCUCAAGAUAUAAUAGAUGUAGCAGGGAAAAUGUUGAAAAUGAUAAAAUAGAGAGUAAACAUCAUAGGAUAUCAAGUAUAAAACAGUAAUUCAAUAGCAGUAACAGAAU